AUGAACAAAAUUACAGCAGAUAUUUCAAAGGUGGAUGUUCAUGGAGUUGUGAAAUUCUUUAAAGGGAUUAAAGAGGGAGAUAUAGUGAGACCAGAAGGAAAAGUGGACCUGCUUAUAGGAGCUGAUUGCUGCGUCUUAUUGCCUGAGAAAAUUGAUCAAAUUGGAAAUCUUCAAUUGAUGCGAAAUCAAUUUGGAUACUGCAUUAGAGGAAGUCACGCCAAGUUACGAGUACCUGUUACAACGGAGUCAAAUCUUGUGUGCAUUCAUCAUACUUCUGGAAGGAUAAUCGAACCAAUACGGUUAAACCAUGAAAGCCUUAAGAAUGCUGUUGACAAUUUUUUCGACAUAGAAAGCCUGGGAACGCAUUGUGUACCAAAGUGUGGAAGUUGCAGGUGCGGGAAGUGUCCACCUGGAAAUGGAAGCUAUACGUUAAAGGAAGAACGAGAGUUACAUCUUAUAAAGGAGGGACUUCAGUACGAUGAAGCGGGCAAGAACUGGACUACUACGUACCCAAGGAUUAAGGAUCCAAAGUCUCUCCCCAACAAUAUCAAUGCAGCGGUAUGUCGGUUGAAAUGCACGGAAAGGCGCUUAGAAAAGGCGGGACAAGAGUACAGUGAAGCACAUGGUGACCAGAUUGCGGAUAUGGUGCAGAGAAGCGUUGCAAGAAAAUUAACGGCUGAAGAGAUGCAAACUUAUGCAGGACCUAUCCACUACAUUCCACACCAUGAAGUCUUAAAACCAAAUUCCAAGACUACACCAGUGCGGAUCGUAUUCGAUUCAUCGUCCUCGUAUAUGGGUCAUGUUUUGAAUGAAUACUGGGCAAAGGGGCCAAAUGUUCUGAACGACCUUUUAGGAGUUAUUAUCAGAUUUAGGCAAAGAAAAAUUGCAAUUGCUGGAGAUAUCACGAAGAUGUACAACGCAAUCAAACUGUCGGAAAGAGAUCAGCACACACACAGAUUUGUAUGGAGGGACUUGCAGAUAGACAGACCACCUGAUCAUUAUGUCUUAAUGUCAGUCACAUUUGGAGAUAGACCCAGCGGAGCAAUCUCUACCAUGGCCUUGCGAAUGACAGCAGAAAUGAAUCGGGAAGAAUAUCCAAAGGCAGCUGAAUUUGUUAUCAAAAACAGUUAUGUGGAUGACUUACUCACUUCAUUGAAUACUGUUUGUGAAGCCAAGGAAAUAAUUCUGAACACUGAAAGACUUUUAAGCUGCGGAGGAUUUCAUGUAAAACAUUGGAUUGUUUCUGGUGAUCAAGAUGACCACUUUGCAGGAUUGAAUGUGUUAUGUGCCGAGCAGGAAAACAUUCUUGGAAUGAUUUGGUUACCCAAAGAUGAUGUCUGGAUGUUCAAGGCAAAACUGAACUUUUCGCCAAAAAGACGUGGAAAGCAUACAGAGGAUGAUAUCGAGGAUGGACAAUUACAUCUUAUUCCGGGCAGUCUAACUCGCAGGAUGGUACUAAGUCAGGUUGCAGGCAUAUAUGAUCCUCUUGGACUGGUUGCUCCAUAUAUAUUGCCUGCAAAAAUUCUCAUGAGGACCAUGUGUUCCAAAGAAAAUCAAAUUGGAUGGGAUGAGCCUAUGAGUGAAGAUAUGAGGGCAAGUGGGUUCAGUUCUUUACAGGACUUUAUGAUUUGCAGAAUUUAA